UAUCUACGUUGGUGGUUGCGUAAGAAGUUGACGUCUUCCGCGUGGUCUAACAGCGACUUCGGUUGGCCGCGUGUGAGCGGUCGUUACCGGCGGUCUCGGAGUCGCCGCGAUGCCUAAAGCGAAGGGAAAGAACCGGCGGCGGAAAUUCGGUUAUAACGUUAACCGGAAGCGGCUGAACCGUAACGCGCGGAGGAAAGCAGCACCGAAAAUCGAAUGCUCCCACAUCCGUCAUGCCUGGGACCGCUCCAAAUCCGUGCAGCAGAACCUGGCAGAAAUGGGCCUGGCUAUGGACCCCAACAGGGCAGUGCCCUUCCAGAGAAAGGUAACAGCAAUGGAAGUGGAUGUUAAGGAAAAAAAGCCCAAGAAAAUAGUUCGGAAGCCAUAUGUCUUGAAUGACUUAGAAGAAGAGGCCAGCUUGCCUGAGAAGAAGGGUAAUACCCUUUCACGGGACCUCAUUGACUACGUGCGUUACAUGAUUGAGAAUCAUGGGGAGAAUUAUAAGGCAAUGGCUCGGGAUGAGAAGAAUUACUAUCAAGACACUCCAAAGCAGAUCAAGAGCAAGAUUAAUGUGUAUAAGCGUUUUUACCCUGAAGAGUUUCAAACCUUUAUUGAUUCCUUGCAGAAAAACAAAAUGGAAGUAGAGUGAAGGACUUGUGCCAUAAAUAGACUGUGUCUUAGCUAAGUGAACAUUGUUGGAUGCCUGGGUAUAUGGUGGCCUGUAGAACUAGUUGGGAAAAUACUUCUGCUAAGACCUCCUAUCCAUACUUUCCCCAAGUUUGUGUCCAUUCUUUUCUUCCUUGCUUGUGAUAGGUCACAGAAAGAAGCUGUACUAUUGCAAUAAAAAGUAGAUUUCAGGGAGAAGAAAGGGAGGAACCAGAAUAAGUUGUCUCUAUAUAAGGAAUUUUUAAAAAUUCAGUCUUUGAGCAUUAAAGCUUCAAAAACCACAGGUUAAGGUGACAAUGUUUUUCUAAGUCUGGGCAUUCUGAAGUUCUUUCAGCCUAGUUAUCCCUAACUUCUACCCUUAUUGAAGCUAUGUUUGGCUGUCUAUACAACUUUCUCUUUGGUUCUUCUCUGUGGGGGAAAGAGGAAAAAAGUUGGAUCCCUUUUCUACAAAAUAGCUCUUUUUUUCAAGCUUAGCAGUCCCUAGGCUUUAUUUUUAUUUUUCUCAGGACCACAUAGUUAAUAGUAUUUAGAGGUCUCAAGAGUGAAAUAGUAGUUUCCUAUUACUAUACACUGCCUCUUCUGCUUGUUUUUUUUUUUUGUUGUUGUUGUUGUUUUUGUUUUUUUGCUGAGGCAGUUGGGUUAAGUGACUUGUCCAGCGUAACACAGCCAGGAAGUGUUGUGUCUGAGACCAGAUUUGAAAUCGGUUCCUCCUGACUUCAGGCUGGUGUUCUAUCUACUGCACCACUUAGCUGCCUCUAUGUGUAUAUUGUUUUGUAUUGAACUGGGAAAGUCAUUUGAUCUCUAUUUGGUUUCCUCAUUUGAAAAUGAGGCUAUUACUUGUGCCAUCUACUUCCCAAGGUGGUUGUAAAAUAAGUAAAGUGCUUUGUAUGCUAUAAAAUGUUGUGUAAAUAUCAGUUGUUUUUGUCUUAAGAUUAAUAACCUUCAGUUUAUACAGUGCCUUAGAAUUUAUAAAGCAUUUCUUCCAAUUGUCAUGGGAAGUAACUAGGGAUGAUAUUCAUAUAGCAUUAUAAUCACUGAAGUGGAAGGAACCUCAGUUCAUCCAAUCUAAGCUGUAUCUAACUAUUAAUCUCCUGACACUUGCUCAGGCAACACAGCUUCUCCAUUGAAGGUAAAAAGUUGAAGGAUUUUUCUAAGAUUGUGUACCUGGUAUUAAGUGGAGCUGAAAGUCUCAAUGAUUUUUUAUUCCAAGUUGCAUUGCUUUUCUCAUAAUACCACUGUCUCUUCCAAACCAGAAUUGUGUUAAAUAACACUUGGGGAUUUGGGGUUUUUUGUGGUAACAUUUAUUUUGUACUUAGGGCAUUUAGUUUCACAGUCAUCUUUUAGCCCCAAUAAUCCAGUUUAAGUACCUCCUUAGAAAAACUAUAAACAUAAGCUGAUGUAUAGAAGAUUUAAUACUUUACAUUUUAAGAGUUUGAUGUGGGCCAUUGCUGAUCAUAACACAGAGAAGGGUUUUGGAUAAUACUAGCUAACAAUACAGCACAUUGAAAGUUUAUAUAGCAUUUUCCUAUAUUACUUCCUAGUAUUCUCAAACAGUCUUUGAGGAUAAAUGCUAUAGAUAGAAUUUUUACUAUUUUUUAGAUGAGAACUGGCCCAAAGAGAUGAUCCAGGAUCCCAUAAGUAAUAUACUUUCAUUCUCUAAACCCAGAUCCAGUGUAUCCUAAUAGUUUUUAACUAUUGUAUUAAGAUGUUGAGUUAAUGACAAUUCAAACAUUUUGAAAUGCAUGCUGUGUGCUGAAACAUUGUUUACUACACCAGUUUCUAGCCUACCGAGAUCUUAUAGUGAGUUGAAAGCCACUGUUGUGGUAGAAAUCAAAUAACUGUGUCUAGUGUUACUGAGCAUUAAGAUUUUUGUAUUACUGUUGUCUUAUUGGAAUAAGUCAAGGCAAAGUCUUAGCCAGAAGAAGCUUCAGAUAUAUCUGUACUGUUUAUUCUGACAAAGAACUAAUUUUCUAGACUUGAAGGGGGGCCGAGUGUGAAGAAUUCUCCUUGGAUAUACAAAAGUGUACAUAUUCAUGGCUAUAUUUAGCUUUUACAUAGUCACAAAAAUUGUUUCCUACAUUGAUGUGGGAUUAACUAUAGGCCAGACCCUUAAAUGAGAUCUCUGAAGAGGAAAAAAAGAAAAAAACACAUACAUAUACCCUGAAAAAAGUGACCCUUAAGUACUAUAUUUAAAAAUUUCACGUGAAAUUUUUUUUAUUUUCAUUCAAAUAAAGAUGUUUUCUCAUGUUUA